AUGUUCUCCAUCUUCUGUUAUCAAUCAACGCUUCAUAACAUGGAACUACUACCGGAGGGCAAGAAAAACGGCGUUCAAGUGCUGUACCAGGACCAACAGAAGAUCAAUGAGUUUUCGAAACUUAUCAUGAGAAAGGACUCGAUCAAUGUAGAACUGGCCCAUUUCAAACAGGAAAAGGGUUACUUGGACGACGUGUCGCUCGAAAUCGAGCUGAUCGACGAAGACGAGCAAAUUCAGUAUAAGAUUGGUGAAGCUUUUGUUUUUCUGCCCCAGAGCGAAGUGGUACAGAAACUGGAAAAGGACGGCGAAGCUCUGGACGCCAAGAUCGAAAGGUUGGAACAAACAGAGGAGGAAAUCGAUUCUCGAAUUGGGGAGCUCAAGACUGCACUAUACGCGAAGUUUGGCGAUAACAUCAAUCUCGAGCGCUGA